CACAAGCUGAGUGGUUGUAUUGUACUCAAACUGGCCGAGUUACGACUGGCUGUGCAGGAGUAGUUAGCGUGUCAUUUUAUACACUCUUGUCCAGUCAAGCAGCAGUGUUACUUAACUUCUUGUUGGUGACCUUGGUUAGAUCAGGUGGUAAUCAGCCAGUGGUCUCUGUGGCCUCUUCCAUUGUUGUUAAAUAGUUAGCCCACCACCUCUGAGAAAGGAUGGCUGCCACUGCUGUGCGUGUCCUCCGCCGGGCCCUCGUCGUCCCACGGCGUCGGACCUACGUGACCCAGGCCACCCCGAGUGUUAUCAGCUAUGUCAGCGUGCCAGGAAAAGUGCCCCUGUCUUCCCUCACCGUGGGACAACUGCUGGAUCAAACCGCGUCCAAGUAUCCCGACCAAGUCGGCGUCAUCUUCUCGCAACCGACCCAAAUCAGAAAAACCUUUGCUCAACUGAAAGCCGAUACGGAUCAAUUAGCGGCAGGACUGAUAAGCCUGGGACUUGAGAAGGGUGACCGGGUAGGGAUCUGGGGUCCAAACUCGUACGAGUGGUACCUUACCCACAAGGCUGGCAUGAAGGCGGGGCUUAUCAUUGUCAACAUUAACCCUGCUUAUCAAGGCCGCGAGAUAAACUACUGCCUGAAUAAAGUGGGGGUGAAAGCACUCGUGUUGGCGGAGCAGUUCAAGACCUCCAACUACUACAACAUGUUGUUGGAAUCGAUCCCAGAGCUGGAAAAGAGUGACCCUGGUCGACUAAACAGUAAGGGGGCGCCCACUCUGACGACGGUCGUCUCGAUGGCGGAUAAACCACCAAAGGGGACUUUCUCUUUUCAAGAAAUCUUGGCUCGUGGAGGUCAGUCUGAGGCGAAGGAUGCUCUUCGCAAGGUCGAGCCCCACGUCCAGUUCGAUGACGUGUGCAACAUCCAGUUCACUUCGGGGACGACGGGAAAUCCGAAGGGGGUCAUGCUCUCGCAUCACAACAUCGUCAACAAUGGGAUGAUUGUAGCGGAUCGGUUUUCAUUCUCGACAAAGGACAAACUUUGCAUCCCGGUGCCUCUCUUCCACUGCUUUGGUUCCGUCGUGGGGACGCUGGCCGGUUUGGUGAGUGGGGCCACGGCUGUAUAUCCCUCACCAGCCUUUUCCCCACCCGACAUUCUCGCCUCGGUCGCUCAGGAGAGAUGUACCGUCCUCUACUCGACACCCACGAUGCAUAUUGACAUCUUGAACUGCCCAGUGUUUCCAAAGCAUGACGUGACCUCGCUACGACUCGCAGUUACCGCAGGGGCCGUGUGCCCGGAAGAAUUGAUCGGACAGAUGAAGGCACAAUACACGGUGGACAAUGUUGCCAGUUGCUACGGGAUGACAGAGACGUCCCCCGUCUCGUUCCAAUCUCUGCCCGAUGACACGGACAAGCUUCGCGCAGAAACGGUUGGCUUCCCCUGCGAGAACACAGAGGUCAAAAUAGUGGACAAGGAGGGUCGCAUCGUCCCGCUGGGGAUGGAGGGUGAAAUGUGCGUCCGCGGUUAUCUAAACAUGCUUGGAUACUGGCAAGAUGCUGAUAAGACGAAAGAAACCAUCGACACUGCCCGGUGGCUCCGCACGGGAGAUCUGACCGUGAUGCUGCCCAGUGGUCAUGCUCGUGUCGUGGGUCGCUUGAAAGAUCUCAUUAUUCGUGGCGGCGAGAAUAUAUAUCCACGCGAAGUGGAAGACUUCCUCCAUGCACAUCCCGACAUUCAGGAGGCACAGGUCUUUGGCGUGCCAGAUCCGAGGAUGGGAGAAGAGGUCGCUGCCUGGGUUGGAAUUAAGGAGGGUCGUUCCCUCACGGAUCAAGAUCUUCGUGCAUUUUGCAAGGGAAAGAUCGCCCACUACAAGAUUCCCAAGUACAUCGUGUUCACGAAGGAGUUUCCCAAAACGACGUCGGGUAAAGUGCAAAAGUUCAGGAUGAGGGAGGACACAAUAAAACAAUUCCAGAUUAAAGAUAUUACCCAUCUAAAGUACGCCACGGAGACAUGAUGACGAUGAUGAGCUUUUAAACAUGCAAAUUGAGUAACUCUGUUAGCAGAGUUACUCAAUUUGCACGUUUACACGCCAUCAACUCAUCAAAUCUAACUAAGUGAAUAAGAAGAUUGAUUUUUAAAAUUGUGUGGAAAAGCGUUUUAAAAAUUUUGUGGUUUAAUGACCCAUUUUAAUUUAUGAUGAAUUGACAUAUUAAUAAAUAGCUGUAAAAAUUCG